AGUAACGCAGCGCCGAGAUAGCAGUCCACGAUGGACAUCUAUGAUCAUACAGUCAUCUCCCCUUUUCUAGCAUCCUACCUGGCUAUGUUCCUCUUGUCGCAACUCAACUGCUGAAUCACAUGUACACCUUCCAACUCUAGGAUUGAAUUGAUUUACCUUGUUCUCUCUCUUCACUAGAGCUCACACCUUCCUUCUCUCGUCCACCUUCACGAUUCGUCAUUCCCCGCCAUGUCAAAUUUACCGUCUCACGCCUCACCAACUUUUGGGGCGCAAUCCGCUACUUCCAAUCCCAUUGAACAGCUCUCACUUGGGUUGGAUCAAGUUGCCUCGAAUAGUAGGAUAGAUGAACUCCGUGGCGAUGCGGUCAGUGUGACCGACAGUGACCGGGGAGAUAUGACCCCCGCUGUGCCAGCCUCUCUUCUCUCCCCGUCCUUUACCCCGCCAGCAACCCCAGGUGGAACAUUCAAUCCGGCGCAAUUGCUCCAACAAGCACAGCAACCUACCAGUUCCAAGCCGCCGAAACUCCUCUCGCGCCUACCCGAUGUCGAAUGCAUUGUUCGUGCCCGUAUCCCGACGACCACGGGCGCGGAGAUGUUUCUUCACCUCUACCAUAACGACCUGGAUAACAAAGAACAUUUGGCAAUUGUCUUUGGCAACACAAUCCGCAGCCGGAGCUUGGACAAAGUUCGACCUGGAGAGACCGAAAUGGAUCGCAUGAUUCGUGGUGCUUAUGUCGGCAAACUCCACCCUGGUCGGGUUAGCAGCUGGUAUGAGGAAGGGAACGCUGAGGGAGCGGAAGACACACAAAAGGCCGAUGAGAGUACCCCGAGUCAAGCGCCACUUGUGCGAAUCCAUUCAGAAUGCUACACCGGGGAGACCGCCUGGUCUGCACGUUGCGAUUGCGGUGAACAACUUGAUGAGGCAGCAAGACUCAUGUCAUUCCCCAUGGAAGCUUUGUCCGAACUCGCAUCACAGCAGUCAGUACCCGUCGCUUCGAACGCUUCUGGUGGUGUGAUUGUCUACCUCCGGCAAGAAGGACGAGGAAUUGGCCUCGGCGAGAAGCUCAAAGCGUACAACUUGCAGGAUCUCGGAUCAGAUACCGUCGAGGCCAAUCUCCUGUUGCGACACCCGGCCGAUGCUCGAAGCUAUGGUCUAGCUACCGCCAUCCUUGUCGACCUUGGCCUGGGAGAAGAUGCCAAUCCCCACGGUAUCCGACUCCUCACGAACAACCCUGAUAAGGUGCGCGCAGUUGAGGGUCCCAACCGCGAGGUCGUUGUUAAGGAGCGCGUGCCAAUGAUUCCCUUGGCAUGGAGAUCGGGCGGAAAGGCCGGUAUUACGAGUACAGAGGUGGAGGGAUAUCUUAGGACAAAGAUUUCAAAAAUGGGGCACAUGAUUCAGUAGAUUAAAACAGCACCCUUUCCUUAUUGCAUUUGUGCACACCUUUCACAGUUUCUGCUUGCCUUUUUUACCCCUGGGCUUUAUAUACUCACGAGGACCUCAAGGGGAGG